GCUUCUAUGGAGGACUGCUUCCUUACCAUCUGCCGCAAGAUUCGCAACCGUGAAUGGGAAGCGGCAGACAGUUUAGAAAAGGCAAUCUUUAUCAACCUGCGCUCGUCGAUUGGACAGAUUGCUGUCAACGAAGACGAGGGUACAACAACUAAGUGCACUAGUAGCAGCGUCGCCGAGCAGCAAUCGUAUCAAGAUCACGAGUCCUCGACCUCGACAGCGUCCACAGCAACUGCAGCAUCUACUGGCGCUGCUCGAGAGUAUGUUCAGAACAACGAAAAGAUCACAUCGCCGAUUGUCCGACAAGUGUUUCAGCUUCCGGGCGAGCGGCCCGAGAAGCGUAAAGGAUCGAGCUUUCCUGCGGAAGCACCUAUUCGGCUAGUGGUCGACCAAAUCGCAGAAAAGCCACACGCAUAUGUUACUCAGUUCAGAGUAUGGGAGAGUCUUUAUCCAAAUCUCUGCACUGGUGAGCUCUUCCAUGACCUGCUAGAGGACACGUUGUGGUCCAUCGGCUUGAAGCCCGAGCAGGGACGCUCGCUUCGCAGUGGUCUGGGGCCAUGGCAUGCGACUCAAGGUCGAAUUGCUAGUCGUCGGCUUAAAACAGAGACGAAGGAUUUCCCGUUUUUGCACCGCAUAGGAGAUCGUCGGAAACGAUUGCUCAAGGGGCUAGCCGUAGUCUAAAAUAUUCGCCGAAAACUGGAAAGAGUUUGAAUUUGUUUUAAAAAUCAAGAUUGCGAUUGUAAAGAGAAUGGAGAAAAUAUGAAGAACCAUCUCUUUUUUAGCUGGUUUUGUAGUUCUUACGAGUACGGAAUACAACAUUACAAAAGUAUCACUCAGUGCUUCUUCUAGAAGUAGCAGUUGUAAGCGGGUUGCUUGCAUCAUAAAACAAGGAUUGAUAUAGAUAUUAUGAUCCCAUUCCGUUUCCGAUAGCGAUUCCGUUUCUUAUUUUAUAAAAUGUUGGUGAGCUUGCGCUUGGAAAUAGCAUGAGUAAGGCUGGCGGAUCCAGAUUCACGAAAACAUUUGUAGUUGCGACUCAUUUGUCAUCUGCCAGCCUGCGAUGCACGGAUCGAUGUUUCCAAAUGGCUCUUAAUGUUAAUUGUAGGCAGCCUCGACGGGGUGGGAAUAUUUAAUCAAAUAAUGCAAAUGAGUAGCGAAAGCUGAAGAAGGUGCAGCUGUUUGGUGUUGGUCGAAUUUGUAAAUGAAAAUGUUGGAUCAUGGCGGAGUGCCAAUUUAUACCAGAUGAAGUUUCAUGCUCAGGCUUUACUAACUGGUGCACAGCUGAAUGAAGCGUGAACUAUACUAAGUCUAAGGUUGGAUGACUUAGAACUAGAUCAAGAUCUCGAUCGUGAUCAAGUCCUCCUAUCGACUUAUUAUUUUGUGUUCGACGUUGAAUGAGAGCAAGUAGAAGUAUGAAUACUUCGAAAAUUUUAUCUUGUUCCUUCGCUCAUUCAUUCACAUUCAUUGCAUAUUUUUUGAAAUCUUCUUUGAUGCCCUUCGUUCAUUCUAUCCCGAAUUAUAUUUCCAAAGGAGGCAUGAGC